AACAGACAAACAGUUGAGGGGUUUCGCGUUACUUACUUACUUAUAGGCUCCGUCAUGCAUGCCCCCCGUAUUGUGUCAGAUGUAAUGAAAAAAUGUAAGAAACGGGGAGCGUGUCUGCAUUUAAUCGUCAUAUUCCGACGGAUUUCUUCCUUGCUAUUCCGUCUCAUUUAGCGGCAUUCUUCGUCAUGCGUAAAGGUGUUGAUGUGUAGCUGAUGGCAAACACGUCAUUAUUUCACGCAUCACGAGGGUCAGGGACUUCGUUCGAAUAUACACCACACUGUUUUUCCGAUUUAUUGGAUCGAACAUGGCAGAAGCUUGGACUAUUCUCUCUCUACCCUCGUUGGCCUACGCGGUUUCGGGAAUUCUCUGUGUGUUUUUGGUUAGUUUGUUAUGGGACAUGUACGAUUUCAGGGGACUGCCUCCUGGCCCACGGUUCAGUUCUUUGCCGAUUGUAGGUAACCUCCGUAGUUUACUAAGCGAUGAUUUGAAGCUAACGAGGAUGAAAAAGAAAUAUGGGCAAAUAGUCUCACUCAAGGCUGGGUGUUGGAAGAUUGUAUCCGCUGGAUCACCGCAGGCUCUGAAAGAGAUUUUGAUCUCAAAGUCGGCAGAUUAUGCAGGAAGACCUCCGUUCCACAGCUUCUUGAUAGAAACGCUGGGUGGCAAAGGCAUAGCGUUUGGCAAUCCUAACACCGCAUGGAAACUGCACCGCAAGCUGUUCGUGACUUCCAUGCGCUACUAUGUCUCGAACAUCCCCUUAAUAGAUGCGCGAAUAACAGAGCAGGCAAGCCAACUUCAGGAGUUCUUUAGCAAACAACAGGGAAAGCCUUUUAACCCCUCGACCGUCUUGAUGAAACGCGUAGCAGACGUCAUCUGCGGGAUCACUUUCGGGAAGUACUUCAACUCUUCGCACCCCGAGUUCGACCGAUUUAUCGAGCUGACGAACCUUUCUUUCGGUGACGCAGAGCUAAAUGAGCAGCUCUCGAUCCUCGAUUUAUUUCCUAUCUCGAAGUACUUCCCAUUCAGCGCCUACAAGCGAGACCAGACAGGAACAGAGCUUGUUCUUUUGGGAACAAUCAAGGAUGUUCUUGAUCAGGGAAAGGCGAAUUUUGACGCUUCUGCCGAGGUUACCGAUCUGAUGAAUGGUUUGCUGAAGGCGCGCUCAGAAGCAGAGUACCAGAACGAGGAGGAGAAGAAGGCCUUGUUAUCAGAUGACUACCUGAUCUGUACUUUAUACGAUACAGUCAGUGCGGGCUAUGAGACCACAGUAUCGACGCUGAAAUGGGCUAUUGUAUACCUGGUUAAUUACCCUCAGUACCAGCAGCAGAUUCAACAAGAGAUGGAUAAGGUUGUAGGUCGUGAUCGAAUGCCUUCCCUCACAGACCGCCCUCGUCUGCCCCUCAUCCAAGCCGCCCUGAUGGAGACCCUGCGAGCUGGUAACAUCGCGGACGAGGCCAUCCCUCAUUACACCUUGAAGGACACCACCCUAUGCGGAUACAGAGUCCCCAAGGACACGGUCGUUCUCCCUGACUUAGAGGCGGUGCACCUUGACCCUAACUGCUGGGAAAACCCCCUCGAGUUCAACCCCUACAGACACCUCGACAACGAGGGGAACCUCUUGACAAGCCCCCCUAACUGGCUCCCUUUUUCUGCCGGUCGCCGUGUUUGCACUGGGGAGUCCCUCGCAAAGAUGAAGCUGUUUUUGUUCCUGUCGUGGAUGUUGCAUAAGUUCACGCUGGUACCGGAAAAUGAGGAACCGCCGAGUCUGGAAGGGAUCAAAGGAUUCACGCAGAGCCCGAAGCCAUUCAAAAUACGCGCAAUCGAUAGAUAUUCUGCAUAGAAACUGGGACUUUCCUCAGUGUUCUUCUCAAGAAAUGUCAUCAUAAUAUUAUACGUUGAUAAGAAACACAAAAGAGUAAUAAUGGCUUAUUUGCUUUGUCGCAUAUAAUUAUCAUACAUAUCGCACACUACAUGUCGCGCUCAACAUGUCGACUAGUUUAUCCAGGCCUUUAGAAAUAAAGGAGAAGAUAGACCGAACUUUGAUAUAAUGACUAAGUAUGAAGUACAACCAAGAGACCAUGGUACAACAAAAUGUAUAAAAAAGCCAAUGCGUUUAAAUGAAAUAAUAUAAUAUAAAACAAUGAUAUAAAAAUCCGCUAGGUAUAAUAGCACAACGUAUUUUCUACUAUUGCUUUUGUUUAAAUAUUGAUAUAAGUACAUAUUAAAGAUGCUUAUCACAA